ACCCAGAAGGGGCUCAGCGGCCAGGUCUGGGUUUUUGUUUCCUGCACUGGCUUCUCCACCAGGGACAUUGGGCUUGUCACAGCCUGGGGCCAGGUGCUGACAGCAGGUAGUGGGGAGACCCAGCGGCCGGUCAGUAACCUGGAAAGGCCACUGGCCUGGGAGCAGGAGGCAGAGAGCCGGGCUUGAAGCGCCAACCGCUGUCCGUGCUCGUGCAGGAGUCAGCCACAGCAGGGGUCUGAGCCUACCAGUUUUCUCAUGACAAGCAAAAAGGAUGAACUACCUUCUGGGGAAGGUUUGUCUGUAAAGCCGGAAGGGCUUGCCCCGUAAUAAAGGGUUUCUGUAGAUAAAAGGCCAGAGGACCAGCCCUCCAGACAAUGGGUAAAGGACAAAACCCAGCAAAUGACUUGGCCAGCACAGGAUGUGCGUGCAUUCAGCCUCACUUCACAACAAGGAAAUGCAAAUUUCAGUCUUUUCUUGGUUAUUUCUAUUAAGUUAGUAAAAUCCUGUGGACACGACCUCCGGGGUGGACAGGAGCUGGUGGCCUACGCAGGACAGGAGCAGAUGCAGGUGACCUUCCCCUUGGCCGUCUAGUUCAAAGUGCCAGAGCUCAGACCCUGCACACCCUUCAGGGAAGCAGCACCUUUCUAAGGAUUUAUCAGAAGGAGCUAAUGAAGCAACCUACAAGGUUCAAGAUGCCACCACCCUUGCUGUGUGGCCAUGGGGGGUGGGACUCACUCCCUCUCCCCUCACAUCUGGGUUGUCCCCAAUCACUUCUCUCCAGCAGUGCUGUCUCAGCAAGACAGGUGGGGUCCCAGGAAUCUUGCAGCUUCCGCCUGGCCCCCAGAACUCUCUGGAAGCCCUGAGUGGCCACAGGCAGAGUCUUCCCUAGGCCUGUGCCAGAGAGGCGCGGGGGGGAGUGGACCUGGCCCUUGGUGCCUGCUGAAUGCAGCCUCCAGCCACCUGUGACCCCUCUGGUCUCACUGAGAACAGAAGCCUUCCCCAGACGAGCCCACUGCCAGCUCGUGGGAGCCUGAGCUUUAAUAAAGCGUGUCUGAAACCAGUAAGUUUUUUUUUCAGGUGUCUCGUUCUGCAAAGUGGAACCAACGGUGCAGACACACGCAGGGCUUACAGCUGAGCAUUGAGAGCGUUUCCGCAAGUUCCUGCAAGGCAGCAACACCGAGGGGUCUGCCACCGUGAGCUCAGUCUAACAGGUGAAGAAAGAGUGAAAUGGCAGGAGCCUGGUGAAGGCCAAGAAGAGUGAGGUGUCAGCAGUAGUUAAGGGGAUUGGCCACACAAAGCCAACAGCCCAACUACAAACCGGUGAGAGAGAGCCCCGCCCACAGGCACCAAAGAGCAGGAAGGCGCUGGGGAGCCCUGACCCCUCAGGGGGCUGGUGGAGGCUCCUCUGCACUCAGCAGGAGGCCCAAACCGGGACACCACCGAGGUCUGGGGCCAACGGGCUCAGUCCCUGUGAAGGGAACGCAAGACAGGCUGUGACGGCAGCUUGCAGAACUGCAGGGGCUCACGCUGUGGCACAGUCGCUCUCCGUGGUGUUUACCCAAAGGAACUGAAAACCACAUCCACACAAAAGCGCAAGCCAGUGGCUAUAGCAGCUUUAUUUGCACACACCAAGAUGUGGAAGCAGCCAAGAUGCCGUCAGUAGGCGAGCAGAUGAGUAAAUGGUGGUCCCUCCAGGUGCCAGGAGACUCCUCAACGUGACACCAAGAAACGAGCAUGGAGAUGCACACGCCGGGGAGACACUCACUCUGGACAUGCACUCAGAGGCCACUGUGCCUCUGAGUCCAUGACGCCUCGGAAAAGGUAUCGAGAACCUGCCCUGCGAGCUACAGAGGAACUUCCAGCUGAUGCGGGAGCUGGACCAACGGACAGAAGACAAGAAGGCGGAGAUUGACCUCCUGGCGGCCGAGUACAUCUCCACGGUGAAGUCGCUGUCCGCCGAGCAGCGCGUGGAGCACCUGCAGAAGAUCCAGAGCGCCUACGGCAAGUGCAAGGAGUACAGUGAUGACAAGGUGCAGCUGGCCAUGCAGACCUACGAGAUGGUGGACAAGCACAUCCGGAGGCUGGACGCGGACCUGGCCCGCUUUGAGGCCGACCUGAAGGACAAGAUGGAGGGCAGCGACUUCGAAGGCUCCGGAGGGCGGGGACUGAAAAAGGGUCGGGGCCAGAAGGAGAAGAGAGGCUCCCGGGGCCGUGGCCGGAGGGCCUCCGAGGAGGACACGCCGAAGAAGAAGAAGCACAAAGGAGGGUCGGAGCUCUCCGACGCUGUCCUGCCUGUGCACGCCUCUGACGUGCUGGACAUGCCCGUGGACCCCAACGAGCCCACCUACUGCCUGUGCCACCAGGUGUCCUACGGGGAGAUGAUCGGCUGCGACAACCCCGACUGCCCCAUCGAGUGGUUUCACUUCGCCUGCGUGGACCUGACCACGAAACCCAAGGGAAAGUGGUUCUGCCCGCGGUGUGUGCAGGAGAGGAGGAAGAAGAAGUGAGGAGGCCGCCUGCGGCAGACGAGCGGGUCAGCGUGUGUGCCUCCCGUCACCUUGCGAUGUUUUAUCUUCAUUUUAUAACUACCUUGUUUCAGAUGAUAUUUAAUAAUUCAGUGGCCAGUUGUCAUUCUGGAUCUUUCCUAAAACACCCAAGAAUCCACCUGAGCCGUUUGCACAGCGGAUCCCCCCCCCCCCACCCCGGGGCACUUGCCACGGUGACUUGAUUCUCCUGACUGUACAGGGCAGCCGAGCGCAGCAGCACCCUGGGGUGCUCGGUGCCCGCCCAGCAGCCGUCCUGGCCUGUGGGGUGAGCCCGCGUGGCAAGCGCUCCUGGGGAGCGCUCCCCCACACCUGGCCUCCGUGAAGGCGGGCUCUGCUGCUGCUCAGCGUGCGCCUUCCCCUCACCCGUGACGGCCAGGUGAGUGGCCGCCUGUACUGUGAAGAUGGAGGCUCUGUGCGGCCAGUGCCGUGGGAACCCCCAGACUCCAGCGCCCAUGGGCGCAGCUCCUGCCCUGCCGAGAUGGCUGCGAGCCACAGAGCCUGGCGUUGGGCCUGGUGAGCAGGGGAGGCCGGAGUUGCCACUGCGCCCCCCGACUGCUACGCUCAUGGCGUCCCCUUCUUUUUUCUUGUGUUUCACCAAGAAGAGGAACCAAAGCAGGAAGACGCCUGUGGAGCCGUCCCGGGCCGCUGAGAGGAAGCCCCAGCCGGUGCUGGCCAUCAGGACGGGCUGUGAUGGCGGCCUCGGGGCUGGCAGCCUCCUCGGCCUCAGCGCAUGCUGUGCUGCUGGCCUGGCCCUGGGAUUGGAGCUGGAGGGCGGGGCCGGCGGCACAGCCCGCCUCGGCCAGCACCGGACACGUUCAGUUUAGAAAUGUAGCUUUUGUCGACACAGGUGUGUAAAGAUGGUGGCCACGUUUCCCCGCACUGUCUGUGCCCAGGGAGGGCGGCAGGUACAGAGGCUGUGGUGCCAUGAGCAGCACCUCCUGGCGCUCCUCGCCCGGGACCAGCCUGCAUCCUCCGCUCCCAGGCCGGCCGGAUGGUGUCGCCGGCGCUGUGUGGACCCUGUGCUGACGUGUCCUAUGUGUUUGUGCUGACGUGUCUGUGUUUACUUUUACCGGUUACAAUAAUAUCAGCAAAUGGACGUGCAUGUAGCGUGGAGAAAACAAAGCACGAGCCGAGGCGAGGACCCCCCCUGACCGUUUGGAUCCUGAAGGUUAGCCUUGUGCCUACCUGGCCCUCAGUCGCAGGAGAGUGGUGGGCCUGCCCGCUGUGCCACGCAGGGGCAGCCACGUGGCCCGACCACGCCCACGCCCACCAGCUGCCCGAGCUCACCUGAAGGGGUCGAGGGGGGUCUGGGCUGAACCCACCAGAUCCUCUUACACAGAACCUGGGCCAAGGCCUGGGCGCUCUGGGGCAGGGGCUGGGGUAACUUGCGCUGGGCGGGGGGUGCGGGCAAUGACCACGCCUCGUCUAGGCUGUGUCCUCAGUGGGCUGAGGCACUGCCCGGCCCUCCGGGGUGCGCCCGCCCAGCACUACGUCUGUGCAGACUGUGGAAGCCGUGCUGGCCGCCUGACGGACAGCCCUGGGCAGUAGUGCUGAUGGGGAGGUGGCUCCCGUGUGGCUGUCUUGGGGCAUCGGACAUUGGGAACGGGCAUCAAAGAGGGAAGGCCGUCCAGGUUUUUAGUGAAAUGUGAUUGGUGGGUGUGACCUGUGCCCAGAGGAGCCGUGAGUGGGGUCUGGACACCCCCUCUCCUGGACCCAGUCGUGAGGGCCGGCCUCUGUCCAUCCAAAAAGAUGAUGCAGCUUUACCAGGAAUGUCACGUCGUGUUCUCAAGGAGUCGUUACCUGUGUUCUUUGUAAAGGGAAGGCGAUACUGCGAAUCUUUUUAUUAAAUAAUGUAAAAGAUGUACAUCUGUAUUUUUGGAUCGUGUUAUAGAUUAUGGAUAUAUUGUUUAAUAAAUAAAGUAUUUUUUGG